AGCCCGAAACUUUGCAGAGCGGCCGUCGCGGCGGGGCAAUGUGGCUGCUGUGGCUGCUCUUGGGCUCGGCGGAAGGACAACUGUUACCUUGGAAUAACUUGACAAAUGAAUGCAAUAUUCCUGGAAACUUUAUGUGCAGUAAUGGACGAUGUAUUCCGGGGGCCUGGCAGUGUGAUGGGCUGCCAGACUGCUUUGAUGAAAGUGAUGAGAAAGAAUGUCCCAAGGCAAAAUCUAAAUGUGGCUCCACCUUCUUUCCCUGUGCAAGUGGAAUUCACUGUAUCAUUGGCCGUUUCCGAUGCAAUGGUUUUGAGGACUGUCCUGAUGGCAGCGAUGAAGAAAACUGCACAGCAAAUCCCUUGCUAUGUUCCACUGACCGGUUUCACUGUAGGAAUGGCCUGUGCAUUGAUAAAAGCUUCAUGUGUGACAAUCAGAAUAACUGCCAGGACAACAGCGAUGAGGAAAGCUGCGGAAACUCUCAAGAAGCUGACAGCAACCAGAAUUAUGUGACUACCGAGCCUCAGCUGAUCUUCUAUCCCAGCAUUACCUAUGCAGUCAUUGGCAGCUCAGCCAUUUUUGUACUGGUUGUGGCCCUACUCGCGCUUGUCUUGCACCAUCAGCGAAAACGCAACAAUCUCAUGACACUCCCAGUACACCGACUGCAGCAUCCUGUCCUCCUGUCCCGGCUAGUCGUCCUCGAUCAUCCCCAUCAGUGCAGUGUCACAUACAACGUCAACAACGGGGUCCAGUACAUGUCCAGCCAGGCCUAUCAUAGGCCACCAGACUUAGACUCCCCACCGUCUUAUUCAGAAGCUGUGUUAGACCAAAGCAGACCUCCAUGGUUUGAUCUUCCUCCACCUCCUUAUUCCUCAGAAACCGAAUCCCAGAAUCAUAUAGACCUUCCUCCUUAUCGAUCUCGGACUGGGAGUAUGGCGAGCACAGAUGCUACAGUGGCAAGACGCCCAGGAACUACGGAUGGCAGUCGAACAAGAGCCACGGCUGCUGGUACGGACUGUCACAGUAUCCUGUGUGAUAUCACAGCUGGGCAAAGUGACUCCCUCAUCAACUCAACUUCCGCCAGGGAAGUGUAAACCAUUAUUUAUGAGGUUCUUCUGGAUGUCUGCUUCAGCUUGGACAAGAGCAAUGACGUUCAGAGUCACCUGAGCUCCUUGUAUAUGCUGACGGCAGUGCACUGCGGAGCCGCGCACCCUCUUGAAAUGAGCUAGAGCUGUGCAGACCCCAUUAAACAUUCAUUUCAAGGAAUGUAAAGCAGACAAAAAUGCCAAGGGCCCCAGCAAUGCCAGGCUUUGAGCAGCAUGUUCUGUGUUUGUCAGAACAGCUCUGACAUUUCCGUUAGGAUUCACCUGGACUUCUU